CCGUGUUGAGUUUUUAGCAUAGAAUUAGCAAAUACACUAAAUGUGGUUAACUAGCAUCCAUGCUAAUUGCAUAAGGGCAUUAUGGCAUUUUAAUGAUUUCUUUAAAAAUAUAUUUAUAAUAUCAUAUAGGCGCUCCUUUUUUAAGCGAAUUAUUGAAUAAAAUUAGGAUCUAUACUAUCAUAUUUCAUGUGGGAUAAGUGCUUAAAACACACCAUAAAAAUAGAGAAACGUCUGUAAGGGAAAUGCUGCCAUCUUGUGGACGGUUUAAAAAAAAAUCAAAGAUUCUAAAAAUAGUAGCGAUUAGCGGCCGGAUUCUAAACGGCUCCGUAUUGAACGUGUAGUGCACUCUGUAGGGUACGCGGUCUGUUGUUGCGUAGCCUUUGUAGGGCACCUAUAUAUGGAGCAGGGAGUGGUUUGGAAAUCAUCCAGUGACUCGUACAUCCUGCAUUCCGACUCACAGGUGAUCCUGUUUCGCUUUGAAAGACACACUAACACUCAGACUUCAAAUAACAAGUGUUUAUAUUAAUAAUAAUAAACUUACAAAAUAGCUCCUUAAAGUAGUGAAAAUUAUAAAGAAAAUAGUUGGGCAGGUAAAAACAUUUCCUACUUCCGUUUUCACCUCUUCUAAGAAAACGGAGGCAGGUCUUUCCAGUAAAGGCAGGUGUUGUUUUUUUCAUCGAGUCCCAUUUAUAUACACUCCAGGAAGUUCAGCUCAUUUGUCUCGCCUACUUUGACACCGCACCUUGUUCCGCUGCACGAAAAACAGUUUGAGAACAGAAGCUGAAAACAGUCUUGAGAUAAUAAUUCAGGGAUUAUUGUUGUACCAUGAGAGCAGUAUGGCUUUCAGGUGUUUAACAGCUGCUGUGUUUGUCCUCUCUCUGUCUGAGGUGUCAUGUCUAAACAUCGCAAACAGCUCCUCUCUGACCUGCAACCAAAUGGUGCCAUGUGAUAUUCAAAUAAAUAACUGUAUGUAUAAAGAAUGGAUGAAACCGCAGCUUUUCACUCCGACCAGUCCAGUGGAUCUGAAGGUUCAUGUAGACGUCAGAACGGAUGAGAACAGAGACUUGGUGCCUGUAAUCGUGGCCGAAUGGAAAGCAAGGGAUGAUGGGAGCAUUAUACAUUUGACUGGAACCGAGUUUCAAGUGACAAAGCAGGGCAGCGGUGAACACUUCUGUGUCCAUUACAUAUUUCACAAUAAGAUUACUACAAUGAGAAAUCCUUCUGGUGAACAGUGGUCUUUUUCUCUGGACAAAGUGGUUGUUGAUCCAGGUGAGACAUAUUUGGUGUCAGUCUCCAACCUCCCCAAGCCCAACUUAGCCUACACCAGUUACUACAUCAACAAAACUAUCCAAGUCUCGGGUUGUAAAGGUCCUGCUAUGCAGUCGACUCGAAUCUGUAUUGAAAGAGGAGAAAACUGGAAUCCCAGUAUUUCCAUGGUGAAGUCAGGACCUCAGAACAGGACACUUUUUGUUACCUUUGACACUGAUGAGCAUUCUGAAAGUUAUAAAGUCCAUUUGAAGUGCAAAGAACACAAAGAAACCCAAAAUCUCAGUAAGGAAAACAGGUCAUCCCUAAAUCUCACGUUUGACCUUGAAGCUUGGCCACACACAUGCUGCAGUUUCACUGUGGAGAUCCAGCCCUUCUUUAAGUGUGGAAAUGACUGCUUACGGAAGCAAAAGAAUUUUAAUAUAUGUCCAGAUCCACCUAAGCCACUCGCAGGUGCAGAUCAUUUGUGGAAGGUUUUUACUGGGUUGUUUGUCCUACUCUGCGUCCUUUGUGCCAUCUGUGCCAUUUGUUUGCGCUGCAGGAAGCAGAAGAAGGGUACAGAAAAACCCCUGAAUGAGCUCCCCACUUUAGAUAAUCUUCCAAAUGCUGAGUGUUCCGUGCUGAUCAUCUACUCAAGAGACCACCCAAAAUACACUGAUAUAGUGCUGAAGCUCUGUGCCUUCCUGAGGGCCAAAUGCGGUACGGAGGUUUACUUGGACCUCCUGGACACGGCCUCUAUUGGAGCCAUGGGCCGCUUGCAAUGGACAGAAUUACAGAAGCGUCGUAUAGAGCAAUCCUCUGACAAAGUGCUGGUCCUUUGCUCACGAGGAGUGCAGGCCAAGUGGGGGGCUAUGUGUGGCGAACCUCGAAUCCUCUUACGUGAGGAUGUUUGCUCACCAAUGGGGGACAUGCUGACACUCGCCCUGCAGCUCAUUACACCCGACAUGCAGCGGCCCGCCUCUUAUGGCAAGUACUUGGUAGCAUAUUUUGAGGAUAUCAGUAACGAAUAUGAUGUGCCCUCCAUGUUUGACGUGGCGGUCAAAUACAAGCUAAUGAAGCACUUUGAAGAGCUCUUCUUCCGGAUCCUGGAUCUGGAGAAGUAUCAGAAGGGGAAGGUGCACACAAUUAAGGGCAUUGGCAUCGAUGACUAUAUCAACUGCCCAUCAGGCAAAGCUUUGAGGGACGCCAUUGAAACCUUCCAGGCUUACCAGUUAGAGAAUCCGGACUGGUUUGAAAAGGAGUGCUUAGCCAGUGAAGAUGAGGUUCUGGUAGAUGAGAGCAGACCUUUUCUUAACGGGAGUCCCACACCGGUUCAUAAGUGUGAGCCUGUGCUCAACAUCGGACCAUCUGUAUGCAAGUGUGAGGUGGAGAUACACCCUAUGGACCAGACCCAUAGUGUAUGGUCCACUGAAAUACCACAUCUUAACCGGGAAUAUGAGGAACCUUCUGUUCUAGAUAUCCAACCAGCAUGCCAGGAAUAUUCCCUCUGUCCAGUGGAAGUUAUGGAAGCCCCACUUGGUAUCCACAAAGCUGGGGUGUGCCAUGCAGAUUCGGAGAACCAUCCCUGCCUUUUAGUUGAACCUGUACUACGGGAACCUUUACCAUCAAGUAGGAACGAGGUACAUGUGAACAGCUGGCCACCUACAGAAGACUCCCCUGCCAUUGAUAAAGAGGAGGCCCUGAGGAAACUACUGAACCUCCAGGUCUCCCUGGUAUCCGUUGAUAUUACAGCUCCUCCACCUUCAGUGGAUGAUCAGUUCCAGACAUCUUGGGAUAUGCACUCAUCCCAGCCAAUGGAGAUUGAUGAGAAUCAGGUGGAAGAGGCCUCAGGAAAGAGACAAUCUAGAUUUUCGGAUCAAGGAUACAGUUCAAGAGACUCUGUGGUAAGGGAGGAGCCUCCUCCAUCCUCUCUUGCUGCACUGGCUAAAUUGCAGGAAGCCCUAUACCUAAACAGUCCCAUCUCGUCUGGAUUCUGUACAGAGACAAUGGAGAGCUGAUAUUAACAUGAGGAGUCAGGGUGGAGGAGCAUCUGUAGCCUAUCCCAUGAACACUUGGCGUGAAGCAGGAAUGCAGCUUAAUGGGCUGCCAGUCCAUUGCAGAGUGCCAAGUACACACAUGAGUGCCAUGUACGCACAUAUUCACAGCUUGAAAAACAACAACAUUGUUCUCAGGUUGUCAACAGGAAACCAGUGGAAACCCACAUAUUGUGUAGAUGUGUUUUAUUGUUUUCUUAGGUACAACAAGUGACAAUUAUUUGAAACCUGUGAACUGCUGUUUGUAGUGCUUACAUGAGCUUGAUAAUGCAAAAGAAAAAAGUCUUGUAACAUUUUAAAUGACAUUUUAACAGACAUAUGGACAUCUGUCCACUGAUUUCCAUUUAAACAGGUAUUACAUUUAAUAUUGCACAUAACCUUUUUGGUUAAAAUGGGUUUUCAUCACAGGGAAUCUACAAGCUGUAAUUUACGAUAUACUGAUUACUUUACCAUUGCAUGCAUUGCACUAUAAACAACUUUUCGUGUAAAAACAAA